AUGCCUCUUGACAGGCAGCGUAGCUAGAGUUUUUUUUUUCUGCGUCAUAUUUAUUUACUCGAAUAGAAAAAAAAAUCUCCUCCAGAAAAGGCUGUGAAUCCGAGAAAUCGGAUUUAAAAUCGAUUUUUUUUUACCCAUCGACCAAUAUUAGUUUUUAAGCAUUGGGUGUGAAAAAUAUGAGCGAAAACUCGAAAAGAGAAAAAUCAAUAAUAAAUUCGAAUCAAGGUUCUUCAGAGUUAAAUAUGCCGAUCCAAAUGGGAAGUAAUAAUCCACUGUCAAACAGUCUGGCAUCGAAUGGAAAGCGAAAAAGUGCAUUUUCAUUGUACAAACCGACCGCAACGGUUUUGACCAACUUACAGCGUGGCAACACGGAAGCCAGCAUACAACAAGAGGUAUCAUUGGGUUUCCAUGAACGAGCUGGGCAAGGUGAAAUUACCGAGCUGCAAGCACGACAACAGCCGAACAUCGAUGAAACGGAUAAAAACCAGUUGACGCCGUUGCAUUGGGCCUGCUUCUAUGGCCAGAUGAGCUCCGUGAAAAUUCUCAUAAAUUGCGGAGCAAAUGUCUCGAAAUUAGCACCAGAUCAUGUGACACCUUUACUAUUGGCAGCUGCAGGUGGUCAUCAUGAAAUUGUCAAGUUACUAUUGCAAAAUGGAGCCAAUCCGGAUCAUACGGAUAUUAUUGGUAACACUGCCCUCAUGUUCGCUGCUGCCGGAAAUCAUCCACACACGUGCCAUGAACUGCUUAACUACAAACCAAAUCUAUUCCUAACCAACGAAUACGAUGACACCGCCUACAGCCUAGCUGUACAGAACAAUGCGAGCCUAGCUCAAGCCGUUAUCGAAAAUCACGUUGUCUCACUACUUACCUCUUAAUUUAUAAGCACAAAUUGUUUUAUCCUCUUCUAUGUUUAACAUAGAUACCCUAUAUAUAUACUAAAUGUAAAAGAUUAAUUUGUUUUUGUCAAAUCAACUUUGUAAAAGUUAUGACCAGUGAAAUGUUUUGUACGUGUUCAACAAAUGAUGUGUAAAAAAUUAUAUAUAUGAACGUCUUCUUAUCAACAACAUCACCAUAAAUAAGAUUUAUUUCGUUUUGAAUACGUUAUUUAUGUCGCUUCUUAUUCAUUUGAAAUGUAACACGUCAAUGACAGUCGAUAAGAUUAAUCACUCUAAAGAA